GAGAAACUUUAUUAGUCACGAGGCGAAGUUGGGAAAAGUAAAGGUUCGCGCCCCCCCCCCGCCGGGGCGGGGCCAGGCACAUGACCCCGGAGCCGAGGGGGUGUUGCGGGCUCGGCCCACGUGGGCUGGCUCUCCGGCCUGGGCCCCGCCCCAGUGGCUUUAUCUGGUGACGGUCCUGCCUCCUUCUGAGCUGCUCCCUCACCGCCGCGAUGGCCUUCUGCUCCUCUGCCUCGGUGCUGCUGCUCCUGACCCUCGGGGUCGUCGCCCUGGCCGAGCCGGUUCACUUUUUGGACUGUGGCUCUGCGGUUGGAAAAGUUCAGGUGGUGGAAGUGAUCCCCUGCUCUGUUCAGCCCUGCAAAUUGCACAAAGGAGAAUCCUACAGUGUCAAUGUCACCUUCAUCAGUGGUGUCUGGUCUCAGAACACCACAGCUUCAGUGCAUGGCAUUAUAUUUGGGGUUGAAGUACCUUUCCCUAUCCCUCAGCCUGAUGGAUGUAAGUGUGGCAUUAACUGUCCCAUUGAAAAAGGCAAGACCUAUAACUACUUGAACAAGUUUCCAGUGAAGAGCGAAUACCCAAAUAUAAAGUUGGUGGUGGAAUGGAAGCUUUUGGAUGACAAGUCAAAUAUUCUGUUCUGCUGGAAGAUCCCAGUAGAAAUCAUGUAAGCCGAUGAGCUACACUCACCAAUGUUUGUCUCAGGAUGAGAGGGGGUGAGGGUGGGGAGUCGGGUUAUUGGGAAAGGUUGAAACCUGAAACAAGCUCAGUGCCAUAAGAAGAAGGGGAUUUCCAGUGUGCUGCUCUAUACAUCCAGACCCCACUCUCUGCAAGAUCAGGAGUUGUGCAGUUACACCAUGUGAGCCCAGAGAGUGCCAGUGUGGACUGUUGUCUGCAUUCUCUGCAGCUGGCAUGGGGAGGGCCCAAGCCAUCCCCCUCAGGGGUGGCUGUUUUGAGAUGUCUUGGAAGUUGGCUUUGGGUCAUGGGACUCAAUUCCAAACUGUGGUGAUGCCGGGUGGGAUAUUAAAUCUCUAAGCUUUUCAACCCAAGUGCCUCAUUGUGAGUCUAACAUUCCUGUCUUAACAUUUUGUGUGACCACUCCCUGACCCCGGUUCCUACAUCUGUCAGUGCUUGAGUGUCAUCUGCUUCCUUCCACCAAAGAACUCAGUUGCCAGGAGCUCUGGAUGGAUGAAUGGCUAUUGGUCUUAGUUGGUGGCAGAUGUUUCUGCUUUAAUUCUGCCUUUUGUGGCUUUUACUGAACAAAUGGAUGAUUUUUUUUUGCACUAGUUUGUGGUGAAUACACAGCAGCACAUAUCAGCUGAAUCUGUCUUUUUUUAACCUCAUUAACUUGCAAAUUCUUAAUGUACCUGGAAAUUCCUUUGAAUAAAGUCUUUAUGAAUCUUG